AUGUUCACUGGCCUCGUCGAAACCGUCGGCACUGUCACGGCGUUGACUGCCCUCGACCCUUCCGUCUCCGGCGGCAACGGCACCUCCCUCACGAUCUCCGAUUGCCCCUCCGUCCUCUCUGACGUUCAGCUAGGCGACUCGAUCAGCAUCAACGGCACCUGUCUGACCGUGACCGACUUUUCUUCCUCGAGCUUCAAAGUUGGUGUCGCACCCGAGACGCUUCGACGAACGAACCUAGGCAGCUUGCGCGAGGGGAGCCGCGUCAAUCUCGAACGCGCCGUCAGCGCCAGCACACGCAUGGGCGGCCACUUCGUCCAAGGUCACGUUGAUACGGUCGCGACCAUUGAAAAUGUCACGCCCGACGGCAAUGCACUGACGUUCAAACUCAAGCCGAGAGAUAAAGCAGUCCUAAAAUAUGUGGUGGAGAAGGGCUAUAUCACGUUGGACGGUGCGAGUUUGACGGUCACGCAAGUCAAUGAUGCCGAGGGGUGGUUUGAGAUCAUGUUGAUAGCGUACACACAGGAGAGGGUGGUGAUGGCAGCAAAAAAGCCCGGGGACGAAGUCAACGUCGAAAUUGACGUGGUGGGCAAGUUGGUCGAGAAGAGUGUUGUUGGGUAUCUUGAGGGUAGCGUUGUGGACAGGCAAGGUGGUGCACCGGCUAUGUUAGAGAAGAUUGUGGGCAGGCUGGUGGAAGAGAAGAUCAAGACAAUGCAAGUGCAGGUCUAA